AUGGAUGCCAACCAGUUUAAGCAGUUCAUGGCGCAACAAGCGACCAUGAUGGACAAAAUGAUCGAGAAAAUCCGUGUGCGGGAAGCACCGGCCGGAGCACCGGUUCUACCGGUUCCGACGCCGUCACCGCUGAUGGUGGACGGUGAUAUGGAAGAAAAUUUUGACUUUUUCGAGAGAAGUUGGGAGGACCGCGAAUCGGUCGACGAAUACUCAACCCGGCUGAAGACCCUGGCGAGAGUCGCCAAACUCGGAACGUUGAAUGAGGAGCUCAUAACCUACAAGCUGAUAACCUCAAACAAGUGGCCGCAGCUGAGAUCGAAGAUGUUGGCCAUGACGGAUCUCACCCUGGAGAAGGUCGUGGACAUGUGCAGGGCCGAGGAGAUAACGGCCAAACGCAGCCAAGACCUGGCUGUACCGGAUGCGGAGGUCAACAAGGUGGCCAAGUCGAACGUGCCGAGUGAAGCGCGGGUCCAGCAAGAAGAGUUCACGGAAGUGAAGGACGAAAGUGAAUCGGAGGAAGAGUCCGACGUCGAUGCGUCGUCGGAAGACAGUAGUGAGGAAUUUGAAAUCGGGAAGAUCAUCGACAACUCCGACAAGGGCGGAAGUGUGUCAGCAGAGUUGGAGCUGAAAAUCAGUGACAAGUGGAGAAAAGUGAUUAGUGAGUUGGACACAGGUGCCAACACAAGCCUGAUUGGCCAAGAGUGUCUCGUGAAGCUGUACGGAGGAAAGUGUCCAAUUAUUUUUCCGUCGAAGAUGCGACUCCAGAGCUUCGGCGGAAAUCCGAUCAAGGUGUUGGGCGAGGUUAAGAUUCCGUGCCGUCGGUCCGGAAGAAAGUAUCGAUUGGUGCUUCAAGUGGUGGAAGGCGCUCACCGACCUCUUCUGUCGGCAAAAGUGUCCCGUGUGCUCGGAUUUGUCAAGUUCUGCAAAUCGGUUUGCUUCGGUGGACCCGAUUCAACCUCGCCAGACAAGCUGCUCAAGGUAUACCGUGUGGAGGCCCAGAAGAUAGUCGACAAACACCAAAGCCUCUUCGAUGGGUACGGAAAGCUCGACGGUGAAGUCUCGUUGGAGGUUGACCACACCGUGCCACCGUCGAUUCAGCCACCACGGCGUGUACCGAUUGCCUUGCGCGGUCAGCUGAAGAAGGAGUUGGAAGUGCUGGAAAAGGAAGGAAUCGUUGUGAAGGAGCCGAGACACACUGACUGGGUCAGUAAUAUCGUCAUCGUCCAGCGAGGUGACCAGUCCAAGAAGAGCCUUCGUGUGUGCCUCGAUCCAGUUCCCCUCAACAAAGCACUGAAGCGACCUAAACUUCAGUUUGUGACCCUCGACGAAAUCCUUCCAGAGUUGGGGAAGGCCAAGGUCUUCUCUACCGUCGAUGCCAAAAAAGGAUUUUGGCAUGUGGUCCUGGAUGAACCAAGCAGCCAGCUGACGACGUUCUGGACUCCAUUUGGCAGAUACCGCUGGGUACGUCUACCCUUUGGUAUUGCACCGGCUCCGGAAAUAUUCCAGAUGAAGCUGCAGGGGGUUAUUCAAGGCUUGCCCGGUGUCGAGUGCAUCGCCGAUGAUCUGCUCGUGUUCGGAGUCGGAGAUACCUUUGAAGACGCGCUAGCAAACCACAACGUCUGUCUCGAGAAGCUGCUCUGUCGCCUUAAGGAGCACAACAUCAAGCUGAACAAGGAAAAGCUGAAACUGUGCGAGACCUCCGUGAAAUUCUACGGUCACGUACUGACGAACAAGGGACUCCAGCCAGACGAGACGAAAAUCUCAACCAUCCGUAACUAUCCUACUCCCACGGACCGCAAAGCUGUGCACCGUUUUAUCGGAAUGGUCAACUACCUGAGCAGAUUCAUCCCAAACUUGAGUGCGAACCUCACGAGUCUGCGAAAGCUCAUCGUGGAAUCCCAGCCGUGGCAGUGGACGAAAAUUGAAGCAGAGGAGUUCGAACGGGUCAAAUCUCUUGUCUCGGACACCGACACACUCCGUUACUACGAUGUUAACCAGCCAAUUACCGUGGAGUGCGACGCCAGUUGCUUUGGAUUGGGCGUUGCUGUGUACCAAGGGGACGGAGUAGUUGGGUACGCUUCUCGAACGUUGACACCGACAGAACAAAAUUAUGCGCAGAUCGAGAAGGAGCUUCUUGCGAUCUUGUUUGCAUGCAUUCGCUUCGAUCAACUUAUCGUCGGCAACCCGAAAGCAGUCAUCAAGACCGACCAUAAGCCGCUCCUGAACAUCUUCAACAAGCCCCUCCUUGCUGCUCCUCGCCGGCUGCAGCACAUGCUGCUGAACCUCCAACGCUAUCGGCUGACGGUCGAAUACGUAACUGGAAAGGACAACGUUGUGGCCGACGCUCUCUCUCGGGCCCCGACCAGAGACGACCAGCCGUGGGACCAGUACAAGAAACUGCACAUCUACAAAGUGUUCGAGGAGCUGGAAGACGUGAAGCUGAAGAACUUUCUAAGCAUUUCGGAUAGCCGCUUGGAUGAACGUGGCUGGCCGGCGUCGGCCGAACGGGUUCCGGACAGCGUGAGGAUUUAUUUUGGAUACCGGAACGAACUCUCGACGCAGAACGGCAUCGUCUUUCGAGGCGAUCGCAUCUUGGUGCCGCAGGUUCUUCGACGCAAGCUGAUUGAUUGUUGCCACAUUAGCCACAACGGAAUCGAAGCAACGCUGAAGCUGGCCAGGGCCAACCUUUUCUGGCCGGGCAUGAGUUCGCAGAUCACGGACGUCGUAAAGAGCUGCAGUGUCUGCGCCAAGUUUGCGGCUUCACAGCCACACCCACCGAUGAUCAGCCACAGCAUCCCGGUACACCCGUUUCAAAUGGUCUCGAUGGACGUCUUCUUCGCUGAGUACCGUGGGCACCGACGCAACUUCCUGGUUACUGUGGACCACUAUUCAGAUUUCUUAGAGGUCGACAUUCUGAAGGAUUUGACGCCACAGUCGGUCAUAGCGGCAUGCCAGGAAAACUUCGCUCGACAUGGAAAGCCGCAGAGGAUGCUAACCGACAACGCUACAAACUUCGUGAACAAGCAGAUGAUGAAGUUUGCCGAGGACUGGGACUUCGAGCUAGUAACAUCAGCGCCGCACCACCAGCAAGCAAACGGUAAGUCCGAAGCCGCCGUCAAAAUUGCCAAGCGCCUGCUUGCGAAAGCAAACGAAACUGGAACGGACUUCUGGUUCGCUCUGUUGCACUGGAGGAACAUCCCAAACAAGAUUGGGUCCAGUCCCGUCGCCCGUUUGUUUUCACGCUCAACGCGAUGUGGCGUUCCGAGCACGGCAGCGAACUUGGUUCCGAAGGUGGUGGAGAAUGUGCCUGCGUCAAUCGAGGAGAAUCGUAAGCGGAUCAAGUACCAGUACGACAAGAAAGCUCGUAACCUACCUGAGCUGGAAACUGGGUCUCCGGUUUUCGUGCAGCUAACACCGCAAACGUCGAAGCUGUGGACACCUGCCGUCAUCUCCAACCGCCUCAGCGAGCGCUCGUACACAGUGGAAGUGAACGGAAAGGACUACCGUCGCAGCCUGGUUCACCUGAAGCCACGUAAAGAACAUUCCACAUCGCCUGCCCGUCUGUCGCCAACUGUUCCAGAACCAAGAGCUGUCCAACCGGAUCACCCCGAAGCUGAUGCCACUCGCCGUUUGACUUCGGUUGAACUUGAUUGUCAACUGCCCGCAGCUAGCCCGUUAGAACCAACGAUUGCUGUGAUGCCACCGCCAGGAUCGUCGAAUACAACGCCGUCUGAGACAACACGUGAUCGACGUUCAACGCUGCCUGCGUCCGAGUGGACAAGUCGUGCUCCCGCGAAGGGUCGUCAAUCGCCCUUCCCAUCGGCGGAACCAGGAGGUUUCCGCGAGCAGCUCGUCCAUCUCGGAUUGGUCGGCCUGGGUUGCGACCACCCCCGUCGUCUGGCGCCUUCCCGCGCCAUCACCGUCAAGGACGACCACCCUCAGGCCGCUGGCCUUAACCGCAAAGGAGGGUCCCCUCUCGGCACGCCCGCAUCAGUGGACUCUGGGGCUGCCGAUCAGCCAAUGAGGGAAGACGCCUGCCCACCGGAACCAGCAACACCCGCUGGUCGUCCAUCAUCCCGGCACGGAAGCCGGAAGAACCGACGCCGCCCAAGGAGGCCGGCGAACAACACUGCAUCUGGCGCCGAAGUCCAGACUCGCAGCCAAGAACAAAGGGCCGCCGCAUCCGUCAGCAACAACAAUACCCCCCCCCCCUUUGGGGCAGUUCCCGCCGCAGAGUGGAGGUUGGACGAACUCCUCUGCCGGCCCGCAAUCGCCGGAGGCGAACCAUCAGCUGAGCGGAUCACGGUAUGUUAG